AGCCGCGGAUUACGGGAAAUAAAAGAGAAAUUCGUAAACGUGGUAAAAAUGAGAGCGAAAAUUCCAGUUCCAGUGUUGUUUAGGGAGAUUUAAAUUCCAUGCAAACGGGAUGACGCGGUGGAUCAGAAACACCGUCAUCUCGCCAGGGAUAACGAUUGGGGCAUGCGCAUACGGGAUCGAAAUGCUCGCCACCUACGGUUUCAUCCCUGAAAAUACUCACCCUUACCGCGAGAUCGAUCGACCUGGCUCUCAUGCGGUUGGUAACUCGGCUCGGCGAACAGGCUCGCAACGUUACCGAGUAAUGUGACUACCGGCGAACGGACAACUUUACAUACAGCCGGUGUGCAAUGUGCUUCGCUACAGUUGCAGCGUUGUAUCUUUGGUAGCAAAAUUUAGAACGGGAAAGAAUCAUCAUUCAAAAUCUUUACAAAUCGCGCGACAACCGAAUUAAAUCGCAAAGACAUUCAAGCGUAGCGAGAGCGCAUUAAAGUCCCAACUGCACUCUCGCCCUCGGUACUCGUAACAGUUUCCUCGAUCAUCACGUCAGACGAAAGUUACCGGAAAUCCUUGUUCUCGGAGCCACCCUCGAAGCGGCUUGCCGCACCCUCCGUCAGAGGGCGAAGAUGACGCGGGGCCGCCUCGGGAUUCCCGAGGAGGCCGCGCGAUCACGCUACGGUCCUCCACGUGGUAAGUUCGAGGUCUGCAUUACCGUGGCUCUCGUUGACUGGUCGCAACACGUGGACAAAACAGUUCGGCCGCGACUUUGCAGCUCGUCGGCCCCGAGAGCCGGACACGCGAAGGAGGACUUCCAUUCCGGGUGGUGCGCGGUGGUGCGUCGGUGCGUCGUCCGCGUUCGGAGUCGCAUGACGUGCGCGAGGGGCCACGAAGAGAGAGGAAAAUAUGCAAUUUUCAAUUCUCUUGUACUUGGGUAUGCGAAAGUACUGCUAAUCGGAAGAACGGUACGCGCAAUCACUGCCAGUGAACGGUUUUACAAUCACCCCGCCGGAAUUGCAUCUCGCGCCAAGACCAAGGAAGGAAGCAUCACGCGUCUCUGCAAAAACAAUUCAUCGGACGAUUCUGACCGUUUUGUUUCGUUAUCGGCGAAGUGACUCAGGUGGGCCGAU